AUGCCUGCCAUGAAAACUACACGGCCUGCUCAAAUCACAACACCUCGAGGCUCAGCGCCAGGUUUCCCCCUGAAGGACGCCGAGCAUCCGUUUGUGAUCGAUAGACCAGCAGGCUCCCCGGGGCCCGGUGGCGGCAACGUUUGUCCCGUCGUGCCCGUCGAGCAUGGAUGGCCCGGUUGUGACCGACGAGCGUUCGCAAACCUAAGCCCGAACUUCUGGCUGGGACUCUCCGGCUUCACUACCCUUGCCAGCGAAUGGUGGUUCUGGGAAUUCAUCGGCAUGGCUAGCUCUCGGAUCGGCCCGUCUACUCUCGCGGCUCAAAGUGUUAUCGUCACAAUUUCAACACUGAUGUACCAAUUUUCGGGCGGGGCGAGUCUGGCGGCCACGGGUCGAUACGGCAACCUAGUGGGAGCGGGAUGCACGCGACGGGCAGGGCACACGGUGUGGGCGGCGCUCGGAGCCGGGAUGCUCUUCGGGACGCUCACGAUGCUUGUCAUGCUCGUCUUCCGACACACCCUGGCCGGCCUGUUCAGCUCCCAAGAAGACGUCGUCGCACUUGUUGUCAAAGUAUUACCAACUGUCGCUUUGAUCCAGAUCCCAGACAGCAUUGGGAGCACGCUGGCUGGAGUAAUCAGAGGCGCUGGGAGGCCCAAGGUGGGGGCCUUGAUCAACUGCAUCGGUUACUACGUGGUGGGCCUGCCGGUCGGCAUCUUUUUGACGUUUUCUCACCUCCAACUCGGUGUCUGUGGCCUGUGGCUCGGGAUGUUGAUGGCGGUGACCUCGACAGCAAUCGCCUCUUUUUACUACGUCUUCAUUGGAUUAAUUCCCGAUCAUUGGUUGAGAGAACGGCAAAGACUAAUCAUCGAUCCCUCUAGAUCACGAUUUAAAUUCCACCAAGACCUGCCCGCAGACAUAACGGACUAUGGAACAAUCAACAGUUUGUGA